UAGCCGAACCCGAUUUCCGGACUGCAGGCUCCAACCACAGAUGGCGCACUUUAACUUUUUGCGUGCCCCACUGUCAAAUUCGCGGCUAUUAUCGAGAAAACAUCGCAGGCGAUGUCGCAGGACGAAGAGUUGAUCGUGAAGAAGGUGUUGCACGCGGGGGUGGCGCCCGUCGCUUUCCGUGCCGGCACCAAAAUAUUUUUCCAUUUCCGGACGGAACUGAGCGACCCCGCGGGCACCGUGCUCGACGACUCGCGCCUGAUGGGCGCGGGCGAGCCCCUCCAUAUAAUCCUCGGCAAGCAGUUCAAGCUCGAGGUGUGGGAGGCAAUCCUGCAAAAGAUGGCCCUUAGGGAAGUCGCCCGCUUUACCGUCGACAAAAGCCUAGUCGCGCAGUACCCGUUCGUCUCGAAGACGCUACGCGACAUGCACCGUCAAGACAAAAAACAGACCCACUGUUGCGCGAUGUCUCUGCAAGGCGAGGGGGUCGGUUACGACGACCUAAACUCCCUUCUGAAGCGGCCCUCGGACCUCGAGUUUACGAUGGAGAUCGUCGAAGUGCAACAGCCCGAGCAGUACGAGAAGGAGACUUGGCAGAUGGACGAGAGGGAAAAGAUCGAUCUCGUGCCCAAGCUCAAGCAACAGGGCAACGAGGAAUAUGGAAGAAAGGAGUACCAUAACGCGGCGGAUCUUUAUGCCAAAGCUAUCGGUAUCCUGGAGCAGCUCAUGCUGAAGCACAAGCCCCACGACGUCGACUGGGACAAGCUGAACCGGCAAAAGUUGCCUUUGCUGUUGAACUACGCGCAGUGCAAGCUGCACGAAGGCGACUACUACGCCGCCAUCGAGCACUGCUCAGAAGUUUUGAAGCACGAUGACGGAAACGUUAAGGCGUACUUCAGGAGGGCGAAGGCCCACGUGAGCGCGUGGAACCCGCUCGAAGCGAGGCGCGACCUUGAAAAGGUCAUGGAGCUGGACCCCGCUCUCGUGCCCCUCGCGAGACGCGAACUGGCCGCCCUCGAUGAGCUCCGCAGGGCGAAAGACCUGCAGGACAAGGAGAAAUUAAAAAAAAUGUUUACGUAAAA